AUGACGGAAAACAGCGCUCCUGCUGCGGGCGGUGGUGACUUCAACGAACUAGCUGUUGACACCAAGGCCUACGAGGAGCUCGAACAGAAUUUCCAGGCUGUCAUUCAAGAAUUAAUUGGAGAUCGUUCGUUAGAAAAAUUCAGAGAUGAGUACGAACGUCUUCAUAAAGCUUUAAAGCGAUCACACGAAAGUAACAAGCGCCUUAUUACUAAAUGCCGUGAAUUAAAUGAUGAAAUUUUAUCUAAUUCUACAAAAGUUGAACGUUCCCUCGAACUUCUUCAACAAGACAGACGUACUAUUGCAGCUUUACAUCAAGAAAUUGACAAAGCAUGGAAGAUGGUCGAAACAGCUCAAGGCCGUGAAAAGAAAGCCGGAGAGACGAUUGAAUCUUUGAAAGCUGAAAUUGCUCACCUUACACAGCUUGUAGAACAAGGUGGCCUUCUUAGCUACGGACACGAUAAUACAGUCAAAGAACUCUUGCAAGAAAAGGAAACUCUUAUUCGUGAACGUGAUAACCAACUCAAUCAAAUCAUUCAACUCCGUAACGAACUUACAACUGUUCUUGAGCAACACCGUGCAGCUGAACAAGAAAAAUUACAGAUGGAACAAAAAGUUCAACAUUUAAGAGGAACUCUUACACAGAAGCGCGCACAAGUUGAGCACGAAUCACUCCAUCGUGACAGACUUCUUAAGCAGCUCCAAUCAUUGCAGGCAUCUCAGCAAAAACUUGCUUCUCAAAUCGAAAAUCAGAAUAAAGAUCUUGCAUCUCUUGCUGCAGAAGAAGAGAAGCUUAACCAAGAGAUUACUGAAGCUAAGGCAAGCAUCGAACAAGUCAACCAAGAGAACAAACAAGCCAAAUUACAGGAAGAAGAAAUCGAUGCUCAAAUCAAGACAGAAACAGCCAAGAACAAAGAACUCCAAAAUGAUCUUAAGGCUCUCGAAGACAGAUUACAGGAGAAAGAAAAAGAAAUCAGAUCAAUCAAAAAUGAAAUUGACCGUAAAACACGUGAAAACCACACCUUACAGCAGAACAUCAUUCAGACUCGUAACAUGUGUAACCAGGAUGAAGCAGAACUCGCAACUCUUAAGACUGAAGUAUCCGGAAUGGAAAAGGAAAUUGCAGAGCUCAACCGCAGCCUCAGUGCUAACAAUGAAGAGCACGAGCAGUUGAAGAAGAAGCUCGCCAGCCUCGAGCAGACCAAGCAAACAACAAAAACUCAACUUGACCAACAAAAGAAGUUAACGGCCGAAGAAACAGAGCACAGAAAGGAACUUGAAGACAAACUCGUCGAUUACCAAACAGAAGCUGGCAAGAUGCGCAAGAUUAUUUCAGAUUUAGAGAAGAAGAGAGAGCAAUGCGCCAGAGAAGCCGCUGAUGCACAAACCAAAUACAUCAAAGCGAAGGAAGAAGCCAAAAUGAGCGAAAUCCAGUUGAAUCAUACCCAAAGAUUAAUUGCAGCUGCAGAUGAAGAGCUCAAAGCUAAACAGAAGGAAUACGAGCAAUUGCGUGUUGAAAGGAACAACUACAACAAGCAAUUGGUCUCUGCCCAAGACACAAAUGCAGAUUUGAAGAAGAAAUUCAAGGAUAUGACCCAACAAGCCGCCCAACUUAAGACCGAAAUCCGUGCAAAAGAAGACACAUACUCAUCCGAGCACUUCGAACUCAAGAAAGCUGAAGGAAAGAAAGAAAAACUGACAAGUGAAAUGAAACGUCUUAAAGCAGCCUUCCAAGAGUCCGAAGCAACGAUGAACAAGCAUCAGGAAGAGCUUAAAGUUCUUGAGGACCGUAUCAAAGAGGCCGAUCAAGGGCGCCAAGCCCUUCUUCAAGAGCAACUCCGCAUGAUGAAAGAGAGAGAUGUUCUUGGAACACAGUUGAUCCGAAGAAACGACGAAAUUGCAUUGUUAUACGAGAAAAUCAAGAUUCUUCAAGAUACUUUGAAGAAAGGCGAGAUCGAGUACAACAAGAGAUGCGAAGAUGCCAAUGAACUUCAGCGUCUCAUCAAAGACACACAGAGAAAGAACUUGAUUUUGCAAAGACAAUGCGACCAAACAGCAGAAUUAGAAGCCAAAGUCGUUACAUUACAAAAAGACUUAGUCCAAGAACAGACGAGAGUCAGAGCUCUUUCCGAAGAACUCGAAGAUCCUAACAAUCCACACAGAUGGCGCCAUCUUUACGAUGAAGAUCCACCGCCAGCAGAGCUUCUCAAGACGAUCAAGCAGUUGCAACAUCGCUUGAUCAAGAAGACUGAGGAGAUCGUCAACACAAAGAAAGAAAUCGCAGACUUGAAGAAACAAAUGGAGUCUACACAGAAGUUGAUGAGCGAACAGCCUUCACCUGAAAUGCUCCACAAACUCAAACAGUUGCAGCUAAAAGUCAAACAGAAAGAUAGACAAUUAAAGGCUAUGGCUGCUGAAUUGAACACACAACAGUCUAAAUUGGCCGAAUAUCAAUCUCAAUACGAAGUUUUCACAAAACAACUUGGAGAAGCUCGUGAUAUGCAGUUCUCUGAAAAGAAGGCUUAUAAUAGGAUGAAAGAGAAGAUGCAGAAGACUCAAAACCAGAAUUUAACAGGUGAUGGUGCUAUGCCAACACUCCCCGGUACUAUGAAAUGA